GUCGCAGAAGCUCUUGAAGACUGAGACAAACGCAGAACUAGAAAGAAGAGAUAGAGAGAAAGAGAAAGAGAGAAACACGUCAACCGGGUUGAAACCAAGUGCUCUCGGGCUUGCUUUGAAGACAGCAGAGGAGUAGAGACUGACCAGCCUGACUCGCCACAUAACUUUGCUGAGAGUUUGACAAUCUGAUCACUGGUCUUGGGAAAUCUGUGGUGCAUUUGGUUAAACAUUUUGGAGAAGCAUCCCUGCAAAACCAGGAGAGAAGGACUUUUCUUCGAGUAACAGCCAAACAGAAGAAAUUCCAGAAAGGCAAUCGGCAGCUAUUUUCUGCCAGCUCUUGCUUCACAUCAGAUUUCAACAUUUAGAAUUGUCUUCAGACAUUUGACUCCAGUUUGUACCCAUGGCUGCCGUGCGUCAGAUGCCCGUGGAGGCCUCGGGCUUCCACGUCCUGCCGGCCCACCUGCUGGCCUCUGCCAUGGAGGAGUUCCCACAGCAGCUGCCUGUACCCAAGGGCCCGGCAAGGGGGAAGAGCCGCUCCCGCCGGCCCCGUGAGGCCCGCUUCAAGACCCAGCCCGUCACCUUCGCCGAGAUCGCCGAGGUGGAGGAGGAGGGCUCCUCACCGAUGGAGGAGGAGAGGGCACGCCGGUCCUUCCUGCAGUCCCUGGAGAACCUGCGGCGGAGCACGCAGACCCUCCACUGCCCGCCAGCCCCCCAUCACAGCCACACUGUCACACCCACGCAAGCCAGCUUGGACUCCAGUGACUCUGACUCCACCCAGUGAGUGGGUAGGACGCCCUCCACCCCAUCCCUCACUUCACCGCCAGACGCAGCUUCUAAUGGAGGCCAACAGAACUGAACCGAGCUGGACUGAUCGCCAGCCUGGACCCCCCCCCCCCCCCAGCGUGCACGUGUUGCUGUUGCCGUCAUUAAAAAAAAACAUGUUUAUACAGUUAAAUGCAUACUAACAUAUUGAUAUAUGUUUUCUAUAAUAUGCACUCAACGCAUUUUGUAAAGAAGUCUACCAGUUAGCAGUAGCUGUUUGUCUGGACACGGCUGUGUUGGACACGCUGAGUGGAGCGGGUAGCAGCACACGAGGGGGUGUUGAGCACACUACGACCCUUCAGAUAGAUUCCUUUUCUACUGCCGAUAACUUUAGAGCUUUCUUAAAAACUUGAACGCUGAAGGAUCGUGACUGAUACCUUUCCAAUCUAAACUUGUAUAGAUCUUCUUGCGUCAGCUCAGAUUUUCUACGUGACCAGUCAAGAUAGGACGCACUGUGUUGUGUCUGCCAGCGUUUGAGGCCCGCAGACCUGUAAAUACUCUGAGAAGAACACUGUACCGUGUGUUGAGAGCGGCCCUGGCAGUCAUUGCAUUAAUAGUUGUCGCGGGUUUGUGCGGAGUUUGAACUUACUUUCCACAUCUCCUCAACUGAGUGACUCUUUCACUGUCGCCUGUCUUUCCGAGUAACAGGAAGCCUUUCCGAAUGUCGACGUAUUUAUUCUCUUUUGUUUAUAUUCAAGUGGAUCUCGAGGUGUUGUUUUGCUGUACUUUCUGACUUUUUGAAAGUCAUCCUCUUGAUUGUCGAAGUAAAACAUAACCUUUAUACUUUGUAUAUUUUUUCCCAUUAUGUGUGUAUUUGUUGUUAUGUGGAUGUUUAUAUGUGUUAGUUUGUUCUCUGUGCUUUAAUAAAUAUGUUCAAAUACUU